AUGUAUCAACGAAAAAUUUUAUUUGUGGCCAUUUCGACCACUCUAAUAAAUUCUAAACAUACGUCUCGUCGUUAUUAUAGUUCUACAUUUUUUCAAUCAAAAUUUCGGAUUCGAAAUUAUUUGAUCAAUCAUGGAUCAUGCUCGUUCAACUACGCUUGUCACAAGCGUAAUAUUUCAACAAUUUACGAUCUUAAGGACAUAACUAAAACUUUUGUUUAUCAAUCUUCGAAUCCUUCCUCGCAAUCUAGCAAGCCACCUUCAAAUUUCGAUAAUUCUACAUCUCAAUCGUCUUCCUCCCUACCUGAUGCUAAUCAAAAACAAAACAAUGAUUUUAAUAAACCUUCUUUAGUGAUCAUAAUUGGUUGGUGGAAUUGCAAAUUGAGCAAUUUACGUAAAUAUAUCUCUUUAUACACUGACAAAUUUCAUAUGGAUACUUUGUCUCAUAUACCACCAUUUUAUCAUCUCUUUUUUCCUUGGAUUGUCCCUGAUGCUGUUACCCGCCUCGCCAAAGAAUUAAUCGGUGUUUGGAUUGAACGUGGUAGACCUGAUAAUAUCGGCUUCCAUGUUUUUAGUGAUAAUGGUACUUACCAUUAUGCUAUGUUAUGCGAGGCUAUUAGAAAUUUAGCAAAUGUUAAUUCUGAUAAUUCUGACAUGCUUUCCUCCAAAAAAAAUACACCCUCUAUAUCAAGUACUGAUGCCGAGUUGUUUUUAGAUUCUAUAAACUCUUGUGUUAUAGAUUCUGCACCUUCCCCGAUUAAUGAAAAAUAUGUUGCAUUAGGCAUUAUGG